AUGGCUGAUGGUGAAGACAUUCAACCUCUUGUUUGCGACAAUGGAACUGGAAUGGUUAAGGCUGGUUUUGCUGGGGAUGAUGCACCUAGAGCUGUGUUUCCUAGUAUUGUGGGUCGUCCUCGUCACACCGGUGUGAUGGUUGGGAUGGGGCAAAAGGAUGCUUAUGUUGGCGAUGAAGCUCAAUCCAAACGAGGUAUUUUAACUCUCAAGUACCCUAUUGAGCAUGGAAUUGUCAACAAUUGGGAUGACAUGGAGAAGAUUUGGCAUCACACUUUCUACAAUGAGCUCCGUGUUGCUCCUGAGGAACAUCCUAUUCUACUUACCGAGGCACCGCUUAACCCGAAAGCUAAUCGUGAGAAGAUGACUCAAAUCAUGUUUGAGACUUUCAAUGCCCCUGCUAUGUAUGUGGCUAUUCAGGCUGUUCUUUCUCUUUAUGCCAGUGGUCGUACUACCGGUAUUGUGCUCGACUCUGGAGAUGGUGUGAGCCACACUGUUCCUAUCUAUGAGGGGUAUGCACUUCCACAUGCUAUCCUACGUCUUGAUCUUGCUGGUCGUGACCUCACGGAUGCGCUGAUGAAGAUCCUAACCGAGCGUGGUUACUCUUUCACCACCACAGCAGAGCGUGAAAUUGUCAGAGACAUAAAGGAGAAGCUUUGCUACAUUGCUCUUGACUACGAGCAGGAACUCGAGACAGCCAAAACCAGCUCAUCUGUUGAGAAGAACUACGAGCUACCUGAUGGGCAAGUGAUCACCAUUGGAUCAGAGCGAUUCCGUUGUCCUGAGGUUCUUUACCAGCCAUCUAUGAUUGGUAUGGAGAAUGCUGGUAUCCAUGAAACCACCUAUAACUCCAUAAUGAAGUGUGAUGUCGACAUCAGGAAGGACUUGUACGGUAACAUUGUGCUCAGUGGUGGAACCACAAUGUUCCCUGGAAUCGCCGACAGAAUGAGCAAAGAGAUCACUGCUUUGGCUCCAAGCAGCAUGAAGAUCAAAGUCGUUGCCCCUCCAGAGAGGAAAUACUCUGUCUGGAUUGGAGGGUCCAUCUUGGCCUCCCUCAGUACCUUCCAGCAGAUGUGGAUCGCAAAGGCAGAGUAUGACGAGUCAGGUCCAUCGAUUGUUCACAGGAAGUGCUUCUGA